UUGGCGUGAGUGCACAUGUGCAGCGCAGAGUGAGAUCGUGAAAUUUACAUCAUACAUGUAUGCCAGUUGUGGUUUUAAUUUUGAAGUUUUUGUAUUCAGUACAUUCAGCUAGUUUGGGUGACAAAAUAAACACAGACCUCCAUGAAUCGAUCACGACGACUGACUGGAAUGUAAUGAUUUAAUGACGUUUUUGAACAUUUUGGAGCGGUUGGAUUAAAGCCUAGGCUAAAGGCAAGACCGUAAAUUUGUUGAGUUAUGUUUACCGGCGAUCGAGGGAGUAGCCCUGCCCUGGGCCGCAUCGGCAGCAGCCAGGGACCGGAGAGACUGGAGUAGAGCGGGGUAGAUGGAUUGUGCCUGGAAACUGAGUGAAGACUGCGUGAAGCCAAGCCAAGCCCAAGAUCAUCUGGAUUUUAAGAAGAACUUCUGUCCUCUGAUUGAUACAGGAUGGGUUUUUGUCCAGGAAAUUCUAGUCUGGUUCCAAUCUGGAUCAACCAUGGACUGUCCAGAUGCUUCAUGGAGACCUUGAUAUCAUCUGUCAUGUUCUUUAUUGUCGUUGUUCUGGGAGGAAUUCAGGUUUUAGUAUUCUGGAAACGUGCACUUAGGAGGACACAGCGAUUCCGCACCAACCCUUUCUGGUUUCGCCUCCAAAUCUUCUUGUCCGUUGCCAUGAUAACCCAGUACAUCCUCCGCAUUGUGAUGUAUGCUGUCUUCUUUGAACCUCUUAGCGGUGACAUUGAACUGGCCACCUGUUUCUACAUUGCUUCCUACAUUGUUUCCUUCUUUGUCAUUGCCAUCGAGCGUACAAAGUUCCUGGGUAAUCAAGUACAUGGUCAUGGAUUCAUCCUGCUGCUAUUCUGGUCCUUGGCUUUCCUCAGUGAGAACCUGGCAUUCGUAUCUUGGGGAAGUCCGCACUACUGGUGGAAGUUGGAUACCCAGUUUCACCAAGCAAUGUUUGGCCUCUGGGUGGUACGCUAUGUCAUCACGUUCUGUCUGUUUGUUCUUGGUCUUAGAGCACCAGGGCUGCCUCAGAAGAGCUACAUGCUUAUCAUCAAUGAGGAUGCUGAAGAUCCAAUUGAAAAGACACCUCCGACUAUUGCAGAAAACCGUUCAACAUGGGCCAACAUUGUGACGAAGCUUCGCAUCCUAUGGCCUUAUAUUUAUCCCAAAGGAAGCUUCUUGCCACAGCUCUACUUGCUCAUCUGUAUCUUAAUGAUUAUCACAGGAAGGGUUAUUACUGUGUAUAUUCCUGUCCUCAGUAAGAACAUAGUGGAAGCCCUUUCCAGAGAUCCUCCAUUAUUUCCAGUGAGAUACAUCAUGUACUAUCUCGGAUGUAGGGUUCUUCAAGGAAACGGUGGUCAAUACAGCAUGUUUGCUAAUGUUCAUUUUCUGCUGUGGGUUCGAGUCAGACAAUAUACUAUGAAAGGUCUGAAGGCCAGGCUAUUAGAUCAUCUUCACAAUCUGUCUUAUCGCUGGCAUCAGAAUCGCAACACAGGUGAAGUCCUGAGGAUGAUGGACAGAGGAACACUAAGCACCAAUCAAGUAUUUGGCUACAUUCUCUUUGACAUCCUUCCAACAUUAGCUGAUCUCUUUAUAGCUGUAGUCUACUUCUACAGUGCAUUGAGUGCAUUGUUUGGCCUCAUCAUGUUUCUGGCACUGACCUUGUUCAUAAUCGGUACUGUUGCCGUUACGGAAUGGCGGACCAAGUUCAGAAGGAGGAUGAAUAUCAAAGACAAUAUCGUGUUGCACAGAGCCACAGACUCUUUGCUCAAUUUUGAAACUGUGAAACACUACAACAAUCAAUCAUUUGAGGUGGGCAGGUAUCGUGAGAGCAUCACAGACUUUCAGUUGAGUGAGUGGCAUUUUACAGUAGUUGGUGGCGUACUUGGAUUCUUCCACAACUUUGUCGUGAGCGGCUGUCUCCUCAUUUGCUCCAUGCUCUGUGCUCACUACAUCUGUGAAGGAACCCUCAAAGUUGGAGACUAUGUAUUGUUAGCAACGUAUUUCACUCAGCUGUACAACCCGCUUUCUAACUUAAGUUUAUUCUAUGUCAAAAUACAAGAUAUUCUCAUCGACAUAGAAAAUAUGAUUGAUCUAUUUGAGGAGAAGCAAGAGAUAAAAGAUGAACCAGACGCUUGUGAUCUGAUUAUUAACAACAAAAAGAUGGAGUUUGAUAACGUCUCCUUCUACUAUAACAAAGAGAAGCCUAUCCUCCACAACGUCUCUUUCACAGUUGAGCCAGGACAAACACUUGCUAUUGUUGGUCCUUCUGGAUCUGGUAAGAGCACUAUUAUCAGGUUAAUGAUGAGGUUCUAUGAGCCUACAGAUGGUCACAUCCGAUUAGACGGUCAGGAUAUCAGUAAGGUAACACAGAGUUCUUUGAGGUGUGCCAUCGGAGUAGUUCCACAAGAUACAAUUCUUUUCAAUGAUAAUAUCAGGCAUAACAUCCGAUAUGGCAACAUGCAUUGUGCAUUAGAAGAGAUGGAGGAAGCAGCGAAAUCGGCUGAUAUUCAUGUAAAGAUCAAGUCUUUUCCUGAAGGUUAUGAUACCAUUGUAGGGGAGAGAGCAAUCAAACUGAGUGGGGGUGAGAAGCAAAGAGUAGCCAUCGCUAGAACAAUAUUAAAAGAUCCAGACUUCAUGAUCCUUGAUGAGGCCACAUCCGCCUUGGACCAUGAAACUGAAGAAAACGUUCAAAGAUCAUUAUCAAAUGUAUGUGAAGGCAGGACGACUAUCGUGGUUGCUCAUCGGCUCUCGACUGUCGUCAACGCUGAUAAGAUCAUCGUUCUAAAGGAUGGUAUCAUUGUACAGCAAGGAAGGCAUGAAGAGCUUGUGGAAAUGGAUGGUACUUAUGCUGACAUGUGGAAACACGAGCUUCGAGAAACAUAAAUAUGAAUGGACGCAACAAAAGCCUUACCCAGCCAUAUUAGACAAUGCCAUACCAGGGAUCCCUGGCCACACCGAGUUUCAUUCAGUGUGGCCUCUUGAGAGGGUGAUAUCUUAUACAAAGCUUAACAUAGAGGGAGACAAACAUUCUUACCAAGCACCAUUCGAUCCUCCGUCACCCCAGACCAUUGAGUUGAAUCGUGUGUGUGUGUCCAACUGCAGAAUGCUCUCAGAUGAUGUCACAUUGGUGGGAAUAGCAUUGUGUAGCCUGUGAAUUGGACUAUGAAAUCAAUGAUUUACCAUCAUGGUUAGAUGUAGAAUGAUCAUUGUUUGCCAUCCAACAUGUCUGCAUCUGGGAAUAGCUUUAUGAGCUUCAGAAAAUAAUAACAAUAAUAUCAUAUUUUACCCAGGGUAGCCACUUCACUUCCGAAAUUUGUUCUUCCAGCUGGCCCUUCUUAACAUGAUGAUUGUCAAAUCAUUAGCACAGCUACUCUGAUCCGGCACUUGAGCAGUGAAGAAUUUCUUCCUAACUGUUACCCAUUCACCUCACCUGGGUUGAGUGCAGCACAAUAUGGGUGAAUUUCUUGCUGAAGGAAAACACACCCUGGCCAGGAAUCAACUCCUGUCCUUUGGAUUGAAAGACAAUAGUCAUAACCACUAGAUCACAACGCAACCACGACAAAAUCCCAGACUGGACUGUAUGUAAUUCUGCGUAAGGGCAAAAUGAAACAUUUUUUGUAUGUCCGACCUCAAUUUGUAUCCUUCUUACCUCACUCUAACUGCCCAAGCCACUGCAUAUUCUCACCUGGGUCCCGUAGUACUAAGAUUUGAAUGAUCGUAGAACAUUUUUUGAAGAUUGAUUACAUCGACUACAAUGUACAAUUGUGAAAAUCAAGAGUAGGAUUAAUCGCUAACUUUUGUGUUACGGGACAGGAUGCUGUUUUAACAAAUGCAACAUUCCUAUAACAAAUUUACCAUUAGCCAAUCAGAUCGUAGGAUUUUAGUAGCUUAUAACAAACAGAGACACUCUAAGAAUGGGUUGGAAGAACAUGUUUAUGGAAUUGCCCAAGAGAGACUAGAGACAUCACGCUUCUUUGAUUGAACACCACUCCUCUUGAUCACCUCCAUACCCAGGACAACGUGUGACUUUAUCUCACUGUUGACUUCAGAAUCUGACUGGGUGUAAUCCAUAAUUAUGUUGCUACAAAGAGCUACAUUGGGUGAUUUCAAUUUCAGUAUUGACCUUUUGUUGUUGGUGUUAGGUCAAUUUUUUUACACGAUUUUAACACCAAACAUAGAAUGAAGAUGGUCCCGAAAAGUCACACACUGGUUGUUGAGAUGUCAAUAAUGCGAUCUGGAUCAGUUAUACAAACUCUGAAUAAGUUUUGGGGCUGGGGGAAGCAAUCCAAAUUUCAACACCAACACCAAGGCCAACACCGUACUUGAAAUCACCCAAUGUUAUUAGACUGGCUUUUCGUGCUGAUAUCAUACAAGGUCAUGAUCCUGCCAUCUUAACAUAGCUUUUGUGGUGUUAAUCUUUUGUAAGUUCGUAUUUGUUACAAAGCUAUGGCCUGCAUGGAUAUGAAAUAAAAAGGGCAGAUAUAUGAAAUGAGUUAUGAAAAGUGAGAAGGAAAAAAGGGAUAAAAUGGAAGCAGGUAUUGAAUAACAUGCUUGUACUCUUAUGAGAAAACUUCGUAAAUUGGUGAAUAUUUAACGCCAUGAAUUCUGAAGUGUAAAAUUUAUACAUGGCAUACUGUACAUAGAUCCUUGACAGCUGAUUGGAUGAAUUCAUGUCACAUGACAUUUCUUUAUCUAUUUAUUCAUUUAUUUAUCAACUCAUUACAACCAUUUCAUUUGGAUUAUUGACAAUGCAAAAAUGAAAGUGGUACAAUUAAAUACACAAUUACGUAUGAGUUAAAUUCUUCAAAACUGGCGAAAUAGACAUGGUACAUUAAUAUCAAAACAAACAAGGAAAUAAUCAGUAUGAAAAAAGAAAGACCAAAUUCAGAGGAAUCGGCUGAAAUGUAGCACGCCAACAUAUGA